GCCCAUGUGGGUCCUCCUUGCCAUGAAGGCCUGUCUCCUCUCCCUCACGGAGGCCAAAUGCGGUGCACUCACAACAGGAAACGCCCAUUCCCCUCUCGCCCCUUCUGUGGCCAAAUAAGCCUCCACGUAUGCGUGUGGGCUAAUGCGGUUUACCAUUUGCCGUCGCCUAAAUCCCACUGCGCCGACCGGAAGAAGAGCCGCGGGGUGGAGCGAAGUCCAUGGCGGCCAGCGGCAGCGGCGGCAGAGGAGGAGGAAUCCGGCCGGAGCUUGGUGGCCGGAUCGCCGCGAGGGAGUGCGAGUCGUGCCGAUCCGCCCCCGGCAUCCCUUUCUGCCGCGUGGAAUGGUCCUUCCUCUGCACCGGCUGCGCCGCCGUCGUCCACGGCCACAACUGGAUCGUCGCCGUCCCCCCGAACCCUAACCCUAACCCUAACCCUAACGCUAGCCCGUAUCCCUACCCCUACGCCUACCCGUACCCCGUCCCCAACCCUAACCUGAACCCUAACCCUAACGCCGGCGGAGACCCCAACCAGAUCGUGCAGCUGUCGUCCGACGAGGAGGCCCCUUCUGCUGUGGAUCCUGAUGACGGCACCGGUGGCGGGGGGAAGCGGAGGCGGCGGUCGGCGGGUGGAGCUGCUCCCGGCGGGCGGGUGGCGAGCGUGAUGAGGUACAAGGAGAAGCGGAAGAGCCGUAAGUUCGAUAAGACGGUCAGGUACGAGACCCGGAAGAUGUACGCGGACCUGAGGCCCCGGGUCGACGGGAAGUUCGCCAGGCCGGACGCUGGCGGCGAGGAGGCGAGGGCGGAUGCCGGUGAGGCGGCGGAGAGGCGGGAUGCUGACGAGCGGUUGAGGUCGGACGCGAGCGAGGAGGCGAGGGCAAAUUCGAGCGACGAGGUCGGGCAGCCGGAGGGUGGAGAGGAGGAACUGAGACAAUUGGAUGCUGCUGAUGAAGGGAGGUUGGAGUGAUACUGAUGGCUGGGUUUUGGUUGAUCGGUAGGAUUUGGGUUUUGGUUUGUUCAAGAGAGAAUUUUUCCAAGAUAGGUAAAGACAGAAUUUUCUUCUCUCUCUCUCUCUCUCUUCUUUUUCUGUUGGUAUUUGUAGAGUUGUCAAUAAUUGGUUGUGGAUAGUUUGAGUUCAAUUUAAUGUUUGAGAUAAUAGGCUGUGUCUGCAUGCAUUUGUUAUGAUUUGAGCAUUGCAUGGGAGCUCGAGAAAAAGAAAAUAUUUGUUCACAUAAAAGUUGUGCUUACUGAAUUUGGUGGGUUUGCUCAUGGUCAAGAGGAAGGAAUCCAUCAUUUAAAAUGAUUUAUUUGAGGCACACCUUGCCUUGUUGUGAGGUGAGGCUUUCCAAAAGCAUCUUAAAGCUCGUUAUGUGCUACAUAAAGCGUGGCAUCACAUUGCACAGAAAGAUUGGUGUGCGGUGCUGCCUUGUGUUUUAUUUUUAAUCCUUCUAAGCUUUGUGAUUUCCACCCUUUAAUGGAGUGGAAGAAAUUUUCUUGUAUAUAUUUUUCAUAAUGCUUUUUGUACACAAAAUUGCCAAAUUUAGAUAUGGUUGUUUGUCGUCAUUCACUUAAAGAUUGACAAAAACAUUGUGAUAAUAUGGAAUUAAAUUGGCUAACUUAUUCCUA